AUGGCAAUCCAGUCACUACGCGAAAUCAACGCAUAUAAUCUACGCACGUUCAAGCGACAAUAUGUCUCCGAGAUCUCAGGCUCGCUUGGCGAUCUAGGUACAUUUCUGCCUAUCGCGAUUGCGCUAGCUGUCAACGGCACCGUCUCCCUCACCAGCACAUUGAUCUUCUCGGGGAUUUUCAAUAUUCUAACGGGUGUGUUUUUUGGUAUUCCGCUACCAGUUCAGCCGAUGAAGGCCAUCGCCGCAGUGGCCAUCGCGCGUAGUUUCUCAAAUGGCACGAUCGCUGCGGCGGGGAUCUUCGUCGGCGCCUGUAUCCUUGUCUUCAGCUUGACGGGUAUCUUGCACUGGUUUGCCAGUGUAAUUCCCAUUCCGGUUAUCAAGGGUAUCCAAGUCGGGGCGGGAUUAUCCCUGAUUAUCGCAGCCUGUACCAGCAUGCUGCAACCCUUGGGCUGGAUCAGUCCCUCCUGGGCUGAUAACCGUAUCUGGGCAGUCGCUGCAUUUGUUGCGCUUCUGCUCACCAAUAUUUAUCGCCGAGUACCCUAUGCAAUGGUUGUGUUAGUGCUGGGUCUGGUGUUUGCUAUUAUUCGGACUGCAUUGGUGGGGCAUAUGCCCGGUUUCGAGGUGUGGCAUCCUUUUGUUCUGGUUCCGACCCCGCUUCAAUGGCGUGUCGGUGCUGUGGAUGCUGGUAUUGGUCAAAUUCCUCUUACCACGCUCAACUCCAUUGUGGCGGUCGUCCACUUGGCGAAUGAUCUGCUGCCGAACGUGCGCACUCCAUCCAUCACCCACAUCGGGCUGAGCGUGGCCGGCAUGAACUUAAUUGGAUGCUGGUUUGGUGCUAUGCCCGUCUGCCAUGGAUCUGGUGGCCUUGCAGCGCAGUAUCGGUUCGGAGCUCGCUCAGGAGCAAGUGUGAUCUUCCUCGGCCUGUUGAAACUUCUCAUCGGCCUUCUCUUCGGAGAGACCUUGGUUGACCUUCUGAAGCGCUUCCCUGCCGCCUUUCUCGGCGUGAUGGUUAUUGCAGCUGGCGCGGAGCUGCUUAGCGUGGGCGAGAGCCUCAACACCACUGGUGCUCGGGACCUCGGCCAGACCGGUGCUGGACUUUUGUCAAAUUUGGGGGAGCAUAUUGGCCCUGUUCUCACUGAUGAAGAACGCAGUCGCCGCUGGACUGUCAUGAUGGUCACUGUGGGAUUGCUGGUAGGGUUCAAAAAUGAUGCGAUUGGCUUCAUUGCUGGUAUGCUUUGCCACUGGUCCUACGACAUCCCGAAAUGGUGGGAGAAGGCGCGUAGCCGCUGGUCAGAGGGGCGUUUGCGUCUACGUGACUAG